AUGUCUGAAGGGGAUGUCAUCGACUUGACCAACCUACCGGAUGACCCUCCUGCGCCAACCGGUCUCGACCCCCAGCAGCGUGCGAUGGCCCAACACCUGCUCAAUAUAUAUCCACGGGACUUUCUACGUGACGCGCUCUCCCGUCUUCUCGAGCGUCAAGAUACGACCCUUCAGCUUGCCGUAUAUCAGGCCCUCCUUGCUUCUGUUGGACCUGCGGCUUUGCAGGGUCCUCCAGGCACCUAUAUCCCUCCCCCCGGAAUACAACUUCCACCGUAUGCUGCGUACGCUAUGGAUCCCCCCAUCCCGGCCCCCGCCAAUUAUCAGCGCAUGGGAAUUGGUAAUGCCCAACCGGUACCCUACGCAGAUGAUCAGUCUUCGGAGGAUGAUGAGGAUGAGGAUGAGCCACAGUACGAAGUUUGUACGAGAUGCAAUGAGGAGUUCGAUCCGGAUAACGACGACGAAUCAUGUUCAUAUCAUUCUGGGUAUCUAGAAAUCGAUUAUCACGCAGAGGGUUGGGCAGAUUGGGACGAGGACGUCCACGGACCGAUGGAUACAGACGAACACCGGGAAGAAUGGCCGGAGAACUUUACGUGGACCUGUUGUGGGCGAGCCGGCGACGACGCAUCUGGGUGUGAAGAAGGACCUCAUACCGUUCAUUCCAAUGCGGGCGUGAUCCGUGUUGGCGAAUAUCUCGGCGGACACGGGGCGAACGACUCCAGGAAUAAAAGCUUCACUCGCGCCCUCACGCACUUAUCGACACUCGUCGAUCAGGCACUUGGGGGCACUAUGGCGUCGUCCCGAGCGGACCAGUCUGGGGCCCCGUCAACUGCAGCCACAUCGUCCUCGCCACCCACUUCCUUCGUCUUUGCGCCGACCCGCUCUUCUCUUGCCCGCAGGACGGCCGUGCUUUCCAAAGACGCUCUCGACCGCCAUGCAGCUGGUGCAUCGCGCUACCGUCCGCGUUUCUCUACACCCUUCGACGAGCUGAUCACCAAGGGAUUCUCCGAGGAAUUGUUCACUAAAGGCUUCGUCCCCCUAGGCGGUGCACUAAAGUCCCACGAGGCGCCGACGGGUGGUCUGAGUGCCAGAGUUGCGUCGGCACCUGUACUAGAUAGCACCAGUGAACGGUCGUCACUGCGACCCAGGCGGGCGCUUUCCGAAACCGAUCGUCCUCCUACACCACCACCCACUCCGUAUGGACACCCUGCACCUCCGACCACGCAUUCUAGGGAGUCAAGAGCAUACAGCAAGAUCUCGCUGAGCGAGCUUACGGACAUGGUUGUUCAAGCGAGCUUGACGCCUGCCGCGGCUUCGCCGAGUUCCGAGCUCGAACUGGCACGCGCCUACCCAUUUCCAAGUCACCAUCGGCACCGUUCGAACUCUCAGCGCGAAUAUUCUGCGCGGCAUGAAGAUGGCGACCAGAGGACGCAGAAGAUGCCGCACAUCGCCCAAGCGCCACAGGGUGACAAUGUGAUCAUUGUGCCAUUAGACGGCAGUUGA